AUGCCGCGAAUUGCUAUUACGAAGCUUUCUGAUGCCCAAGAAGUUUGGGACCAGAUUCAAUCUGUAGAUUCAGGAGUGGUUUCACUUGAUCACUCUAAGUCUAUUAAUACGCCAGUUAACAGCAUCUCAGUAGAUAAGCUUCCUAUAUAUCUCUAUUCUCCUGUUAUUUAUACUUGCAUCUUCAUUCUACAACACCAAAUACACGUUUUGAAACUAAGACUACUUCGGACAAUCUAUCUACUUGAUGGAGGUCCAAAGAGAGAAAGAAGGAGGCCAACCGAUCAAAGACGGACUGAAUCUUCUAACAAGAGAAGGGCCACGUUAAAGACCAGCAUGACUAGAGCACUGGAACUCGCUGCGUCACAAGGAGGUCUUUCUGGGACUCAAGGAAAUGUCCCAGACAGGGCCGGAGCUGGACUGGAUGGACUGGAUCCAGAGGCAGUUCUUCGUAGCCGAAGUUCCAGUAGCACUAGGAGUCUCCUUGAGACACAGCUGGGAAGCCAAUUGCGAACCGGAGACUCCGUCAACGCCCAAUUUCUUACGAUAGCCCAUGCCAAUAGUCAGCAUAUUACAAUGGAGCCAGAGCCGAAUCCAAGUCACGGAGCAACGAAUCCUUCUCUGCUAACUAUACAUCAUCAUGACCAUCUUUUGAUGGAAGAUGACAAUGAGGAACCUGCUAUACUCAAUAUAGAAAAGCAGAUACAUCAACAAUCAGGUCUAGUGACCAAGAGACGACCACCUCGUCCGCGUUCCUUUACACACCUAUAUGAUAAAGCAGCGAAGGAGUCUCCCAAGCCUAUCGAGUUCACAGCCGCAUGGCCAUCUAACUAUACACUUUUAGAUGAUCACGUUUUCAAAUGCCUCCCUUUGUUUACUAGUCAACGUUCGUGGUUGAUGGCCGAUCGAUGGUGGACUAAGAAUAUUUCAGCACUCAUUUUCACUUAUGAAGGAGGCUCUUAUGCCUUCUUCGGAGCUCUAAUUUCAAAGAGCAAGACGCACACUCUUACGGCAAGCCAUGAUCUAGAUCAGCGUGGUACAUCAAGUACCGUCCUCCCUGUUCAUCCAGUCCUCAGUACAGGAGUUACAUCUGCAUCCACAUUCAGCGAUAAAAAUCGUAACCACAAUAUAGAUUAUUCUGAUGGCGACGCGUUCAAUAUUUCCUAUCACGGUAAGUCUGACUCUCUGGGCUCUACAAAUUUUGCGUUUAUGCCAAGUAGAGUUAUUCUACAGCGUCUAGAAGAAGAGUAUCCUCAGUCUGUAUCGCUUAGCUCCAUGCUAAGGCCUGAUCAUAGCAUGCAACAGAAGCGCCACGAGGUGGCAGCACUAUUUCUUGUAGCACUGAACCUGCGUGCCAGCGGUGCAAUUAACAUUACGCAAGGCCAGUGCGAUAUCCUCUGUAGCUUACCUUACGCAAGAGGUAACUUGUAG